AUGGCCUUCCUACAUGAAAUCGACGAAGUGGACAUUUCCACUAACCAAUGGGGAUUGGUACGAGAUGGUGUGGAUUAUGCUGCGUUUGACGAAAUUGUACUGGAAGCAAUACAAGAAGGUGCCGAUGAGGAUAUACAGGUGAACCACCAAUAUCAGGAUAAACAGGUGAACCACCAAUAUCAGGAUAAACAGGUGAACCACCAAUAUCAGGAUAAACAGGUGAACCACCAAUAUCAGGAUAAACAUGUGAACCACAAAUAUCAGGAUAAACAGGUGAACCACCAAAAUCAGGAUAAACAGGUGAACCACAAAUAUCAGGAUAAACAGGGACGUGACGGCAAAGGCAUUGUCUAUGUGUUUUCUGCCGGCAAUGAUAAUGACGUUUAUGAAGACGCAAACACAGAAAGCAUCGGUCACACACCCGAAACUAUUCUUGUUGGCGCUCUCAGCGACCGUCGCUGGCAAGCGUCUUACAGUACACCGGGGUCCGGUGUUAUGAUAACUGCCUACAGCGGAGAAAUAUUUCCAAUUUCUCUCCAUAAUCUGAUUGCUGCUAACCCUGGCGACGCAUGUGACACUGUUGGAGUGCAAGGCACAUCCUUUUCCGCACCCCUCGUCACUGCUGCGAUUGCUCUAACUCUUCAAGCGAACCCUAAUCUAACAUGGAGAGAUGUCCAACAUAUUUUGAUUGAAGCAGCGAAUAUGAACAAUCUCAUUGGAUCCCCGAUUUUCCGGAACAACGCGGGUUUCCUAUUCAACUACUUCCACGGAUUUGGCCUUGUUGAUGCAGAAGCAAUGGUGACCCUCGCACAAUCUUGGGAAAAUGUUGGGCCUGAAGUCGUCUGUGAAACAGGAGAUAUAGAAGUCAAUGGUGCUGUUACUACUGGCAACAUUACAAGCAGUCACCUGCUAGGGGAAUGCACAAUCAAACGAUUGGAAAACAUUAUUGUCACCAUCUUUUUCGAUACGGAAUUGGUUGGAAAUGUGGAAAUAGUCUUGGAGUCACCAACUGGAACAAGGAGCAGGUUGAUGAGGUUUCAGCCACUCAAUCAAAAUCCUUCGUCUGAUUUCUUUGAGGCGUGGGAUUACAGAACUGUGCAGUUUUGGGGCGAGGACCCCGCGGGCACGUGGAACCUUUAUCUCAUAGAUAAAGACGGGACAGAAAAGCAACUUGAAUCAUGGCGGAUGUCCCUCAACGGUGCAGCGGCAAUCCCAGCAGGAAUGCUCGGUGGUCCAUGUGACGGGGUUGGGAACGAUGAAUGUUCCAAGGACGCUCUUGCCGCCUGUAUGAACGGCAUGUGUAUGUGCAGCCAAGGCACUCAUCAGGUGGCCAGGACAUGCAAGAGAGACAAUCAGUUGGGUGGCUGGUGUGAGGUAGGAACACCAUUGACAGAUCCAAACACCAAAUGCUUCAAUGGUAUUGUGUUCUGUGCAACUGGAUACAGCAAUAUAAACGGCACAUGCAAGAAAGACGGAGUUGUUGGCGGAAUAUGCUGUGUCACGGAAGGAACAGCCUGUGAGAAGGACCCCGGGGCCAUCUGUGUGUGUGGCGUGUGCGAGUGCCCCACUGGUGUUCCAUUGCAAGCCAAUGGGUUCUGUAGAUCCGCUACGCCAGCGCCAGCCACCAUGCCACUUCCUGCAGGAGAGAUGGGAGGAAUGUGCGUGAUGGGGCGCUGUAACAGGAGGGAACUUCAGUGUGAAAACAACGUCUGUGUGCCCUGCCCUGACCAGCUCCGAGCUCGUACCCACACCAGACAUCAUUAA